UUUUGCGACGAACUGUUUGCGCCGAACUUUUCUUGCUGCAUGUUUAAGCACAGCUACAGCAACAAUAAAGCGUUUUGAUGAAUAAAAACAGAACUGGACACUGUGCCCACAGCACAGGCUGAGGCGCGCCCCCGCGAGCUGCGCGCAACAGAUGUCUGCUGAGGUCUGAGCGGAGAGGAGGGCGCCAAAUAGGAAGGACUGCAGAUGCGCGUCUGAUAACAAACCAGGAACCAUUGGACUCGUCCUCCGCUGUAUACUCAUCCAUGAGUCCCUGACCCGUCGGUCCUUCUGUCAUCCAGACGGUAGACUGCGGUAACAGGACGAGAACACAAACUGACAAUAUGGAUGCAAACAUCGUGAGCAUAUGGCCACGCAUGGAACCCUUCCUACUUGGUGCCCUGCAGGUGGCUCCCUCCUCCAAGCUCAGCCUACACUAUCUUCGCAAGAUGACGAUCUACGUGCGAACACGGGAUGGCUGCUUCCCCAUCCUCGGCUGGCCCAUGUGGAGGCAUAUUGCCUGUGGAAAGCUACAGCUGCCAGAAGACCUUGCGUGGCUCUACUUUGAGACCUUUGACCUUCUUAUAGGUCAUACACCAGAGGAGAGGCUGGAGUGGGCUGAGUGUCUUUCCCAGUGUUCUACUAAAAGCGAGCUGGACCAGCAAAGGAACAAGUUGUCUGUGGACACUCUGCAGUUCCUCCUGUUCCUCUACAUUCAGCAGUUGAACCGUGUGUCUUUGCGGACCUCUUUGAUUGGAGAAGAGUGGCCUUGCCAUCGCACGCCCUCCCCGUCUCCAUCAGACAGAGAGGCCAAGACUAGCUCUCAGAACAAGAACUGGGAUGAUCAGGCUCACCUGUCCUUUGUGCAAAGCCAUCUGGCAGAGAUUUUGGAGCUACUGGUGGAGCCUGGCCAACUGUCGCAAUCUGGACAGGCCCUGAGAGACUGCCAGAUAUCUCUGGAGGCUGUGAGGAGUUUAAAUCUGCUUCUGGAGGGCUCAGUUUGCCAAAGAAGAGUUGUUCAGCCCAUCCACCGGCUGCUGACCAAAGGUCCACUCCAAACACAAGCUGGCUACUCCUCACUGACCCAGUCCUUCCACCUGCACAAGCUCCUCUCCUGCCUCCAGCACAACCUCACUCUGAACCCCUUUGGAAUAACUGCCUGUCUCCAUUCGGGCAAGAAACUCGCAUGGGCUCAGCAAGUGGAAGGGGCCAUGAAGAGGGCCAAGAUAGCCAGAAACACCCACAUGGCUCCACCUGGUAGUAAAAUGGUGCUUAUGUCCCAAGUCUUAAAACAGACCCUGGCUAAAACUUCAGACAAGCUGACUGGCGCCAACAUUAAAAUCCACAGAUGCGCCAAUGCCUUCAUAUACCUUCUCUCACCUCUCAGAUCAGUCAGUGUGGACAAAUGCCGUGACAGCACUGUGGUUCUGGGUCCCGUUGAGACCAGCGUCCACAUCCACAGCUGCCAGAACAUGCGGGUGGUGUGCGUAGCUGGCAGGAUUGCUAUCGGCGCCUCCUCACGUUGCACCAUCCACGCCCUGACGCCCACCCGCCCUUUGCUUUUGCCAGGAAACACAGACAUUACUCUGGGUCCUUUCCACACUUUCUACCCUUCCUUGGAGGAUCACAUGGCCAGUGUGGGGCUGGCUGUUGUUCCCAAUGCCUGGGAUCAGCCCUUGCUUCUGGGGACCGAGGGCCUUGCCAACCCCUCAUUCAAUGCGUUGUCCAGCCCAGACCCUGCCUGCUACCGUUUGCUGCCCCCCUCAAAGUUCCACACGCUGGUCAUUCCUUUUCAGAUGGAGGGCGACACGUGUGAGGUGCCCGGUGGCCUGCCACCUUCAUACCAGGCAGCUCUGGAUGAAAAGCAGAGGAGAAUACAGAACUGGCAGAAGACUGUAAUGGAGGCCCGGCUGAGCAAGGAGCAGAAGCAACAGUUCCAGGAGUUGGUGGAAAUGAAGUUUCACGAGUGGCUUCUGGAAACGGGUCACAGGCAGGAACUGGACAGCUUAAUCCCCCCCACGAUAGCCUCUGUAAAAGAGUUUGAUGGGGCAGCAGGAGACAGCGCUCGAGUUAAUGAUCCUAAACAUAUGAGGACUGGACAGGCAGUGGAACAGUCAACCAUGGCAUGUUGAAUUUUACUGUUUGGUUCUUUGCCGGCAGAAUAAUUGCACCUCUAAAUGAAGGCAGUAUGGCCGUUUGCACAUGCAGAUUACAUAAGGUCUUCUUCUCAUAUGGUGCUCCUGUGAGCUCUUGCUUUUCCAUCAGCUUACAGUUAUGGCCAGCUUCACAGCUUCCUUCUUAAGAAAAGGCAGCUAAAUCUUUGUCGUGUCUGACCUCAGGAGGGAGUGGAUUGGCAUGUUGUCAAAAACCAUCAUUCAUCACACACUCUAUAAAGGGACACACAGAUGAGGCAAGUGUGAAGUCACCACAGCCUUUAAAGGGAUAUUUUACUGCUGAAUGUCUUCUGGAGAGGGAGCUGAGGAGGACAAACUAGGGUAGCUGUGAUUGUGAGUUAGGUAAACAAACCCUGACACAUGUUCUCUUUAAGCAUUUGGUCUUUAUUAAAGCAUGCUUUAUAAUUUGCUAUCCAUCCACUGUUUUGUUAAACUUGUGAUGCAAUAGAGAAAGUAAAACUUGUUUCAAUGGAUUUGAGAGACUGCUUUGAGGAGCUUUAAUGGCAGUUGCUGCAUUAUGAGAAACACGCAUUAGAACGAGUCUAUUUGUAGAUUCUUAAUCUCUGAGAAUAUUUAGCCUGUGAUGUUAUGGGAUACUGUCAGGCCUUAACACAGCAAGCAGCCUGUUUAACGUUUCAGAGCCAAAAUAAAUUUUAACUGCAUUUGCUGCCUUGCCUUAUUUGCAGAAACAUGUUGCCUUUUCCCCAUUUCCCUGUGUAUCUGUGGUUUUGUCUAGCCAGCUAAUGCAAACAAAGCCUGGAUUUGUUGAACUAGCUUCAUAGUACACCCCUGUGGAGAACUGCUUAGUCACUCUUCCAUGCAGCCAGUGGCCCCAUGUCUUCUCAGACAGACUCCAUAUACAUGCUGUUUUCUGUAAGAAUAUUGUCACUGACUGCUGUUAAAGAUGGAGGAUGUAGAUGCUGAGUAUUUUAAGCACUUUGGGUGUAAAGGGUAUGUUGGAGCAGCUGCAUUUACUAGCUCAGAUCAUAGUAUUAUUUUUGGAAGAUGAAUCAUGAAUUUUCCUUUGUGCAGGUAAAAAGGGAGGAAUAUUAAAAUAAUUAAUGUGGGUAUGUGGUUGUUCUGUCCAAACGUACUCACGUGCUGUACAUACCUGUAGCUGUGCUGGUCUGCGUGCUCCAUUUUGCUCUGAUUGACUGGCUGCAGUGAAAGUACAACAUCAGGGUGCAGCUGCUGUUUAUCUGUUCUGGGACUUGUUGCAAACUUGUGUUUUAAGUUCUUCGGUACAACAGAACAAGCUGAGAUGUUCCGGCUGAGGCAGAAUGUAAUAAGCCUAUGGCCAGUUUGUCAUAGAAGGCUUAAAUGUAUAUUUAUUUUUGUAUAAAUAUGUAAAAAAAAAAAUUAGCACUGCAGAAUGAUUAUUUUUCAUAAAUCUACUUUACCUCCAGAACUAUUGUUAGCGGUGAGUACCUCCAAGUUUACUUCAGGUAGUUCGCUUCCUCUUUACACAUUUCCAUUACAGCUGAAUUUUGUUUUGUAUAUAAAAUAUGACAUAAAUUAUAUACUGAAGUACUGCUGAAAGUCAGCAAGGCAGCAUUGUAUUGGUUAUGGCCAGUGAAAGGAAUGUGUGCUUGAAACAUUUACGAUGAACCCAUUUGUACUGUAAAAUGCCUUACUGCUGUUGUUUACUACAGAAAUGGUCCUGUUAAUUUGAUACACAGCUCUGUGCUGUUAUUACAUGAAGAGCAAAAAGUCAUUUUUAAUUG